AUGUAUUAUAUAAAUGAAAUUCCAUAUUUUUCAUUCAAAUAUCAUUUAUUGUUGCAGAGAAACAUAAACAUAGCGAAUUUUAUAAAAGAGUUCAACGAAAAGACUGCAGAUAUAAAAGAAGGAAUUCCCGUACCAGUAAGGGUGAAAGUCCAUCCAGACAGAACGUACGAUCUAGUUAUUCACCAGCCACCAGCGACAUAUUUCCUAAAGCAGGCAGCAGGAAUCCAACGAGGAGCCAUGAAUUCAGGCAAGGAAAUCGCUGGAAAAGUAACUCUGAGACACCUAUACGAGAUAGCAAAAAUAAAAUCACAAGAUGGACCUUUGACAUUGCUGACUAUGCAACAAAUCACCCAGAUGCUCGUUGGCAUUGCUAGAACGAUCGGAAUCAAGGUUGUUCGAAAUUUGGACGCCGAUGAGUAUGGAGAAUUCCUAAAAGAACGGGAGGUCAUCGUCGCAGAGCAGAAAAACGCGUUGAGGGAAGCCAAAGAAGCGAAAAUGCUGCGAACAGGAUAAUGAGUUCUAAAUCUCCAUCAAAUCUGCAUUUUACGAAUUCAAUCAUUACCUUCUUUUCCAGAUUUGUUUCGUUAUAAAAUCUGUACAAAUCGAGUGUUGUUUAAUUUUUCUUUUCAAAGUUUGUAAGUAUGAUUAAAUAUGGAAUUACCUUACUCCGAGUAUCCACAAUGUUCAACGUCUAAGAACUUCCCAAAAAUAUUCCCUAGUAUUCUCCUCCUUUUCGAUUGAAAUUCAUUCGCUUUUACCUCACGCUGAAACGAUUAUAGAAUUAUUGAUCGAUAUUAGCAAAAAAUAUUAAAAAUAGUAAAUAUUA